AUGAAGGCGCAGAACAUUCGGACCCUUUCUCUCAUCCUGUGUAUGCUAUCCUACCUGCUUAUGGGAGCCGCGGUGUUCGACGCCCUCGAAUCAGAGACCGAGAACUCGAGGAAGAAGAUCCUGGAACAGAAGCGCAAUGAGCUGAAGAAGAAGUACGGAUUUACCGAUGACGACUACCGGGAGAUCGAGAGGGUGGUUCUACAGUCGGAGCCCCAUUGCGCGGGGAGACAGUGGAAAUUCGCGGGAUCCUUUUACUUUGCCAUCACCGUCAUCACAACGAUAGGUUAUGGCCAUGCUGCUCCAAGCACUGAUGCUGGAAAGGUAUUCUGCAUGUUCUAUGCAGUUCUGGGUAUCCCUCUGACACUGGUCAUGUUCCAGAGCAUGGGGGAAAGGAUCAACACGUUUGUCCGCUACCUCCUCCGCAGGCUCAAGCGAUGCAUGGGCUUACGGAAGACUGACGUGUCCAUGGGGAACAUGGUGCUGGUGGGCCUCCUGUCCUGCAUGAGCACCCUCUGUGUCGGGGCAGCAGCCUUCUCCCACUUUGAGGGCUGGACCUUCUUCAACGCCAUGGAGGGAGGUACCAGUCGUACCAAUCUCAUCCCCUCUCCAUCUGAGGAGCGUAGGGAGACCCCUGGGGGCAGGGACUCUGCUAAGCAUCCUGAGUCCCGCAUCAGCGCCCUCUGCUCCUGUAUGUGCUUCAGGCUGGGUGCCUCUGACAGCCCCUCUCCGGCGCACUGUGAGCACUCAGGCUGCCACAGCAACCCUGUCUUCUACAACUCGAUCUCCUACAGGGUGGAUGGAGCCUCCUGCAGCUCCAGGGGCACCUCAUCCCAGUCCUUCCCCAGCACCGAUGCCCUUUUCCUGGCGAUGAGCAGCCCUCACACACGGAGGAAGUCAGUGUAG